UAUGCAGACCUUGAAAAACAAGCGUCGGUGUAUGACGUACACGUUCGUGCGCGCUACAAAACGCCGACCAUCUUGAGAGAAAUAAUACAAAAUCUAACCCAAAUGCCUGCAAUAAAAAAGAGAAUUACUGCUGAGUAUCGAGCAGAGCAGGAACAACGUGGUGAAGAACAUGUCGAACCAGAUGCUGAGUCAGAAGCUGUUGAUGCUGCAGACGUUAGUACUUCUGCUUCACAAGUUUCAGUAACAUUGUCUUCAUCAUUGAAACGCAAACUCUCAGGCAGUGGUGGGACUCCAAGCCCAUUGAGAGGACUAGAUGGUGAGGUACUGCUAGAAAAACGAAGACGAUGUUUGCCUGUUGCAGAAGACAAACUUGCAAGCUGGCUUGAAGGCAACUUUGAAAAGAAGCCAGAGAUGCAUCUGUCUUCGCAAAAGUUGUACCUUUAUUACACAGACAUGUGCCAGCAGGAAGGUGGAGGAGUUCUUGACUUUAGAGAUUUUACAAAGAUACUGCGUACAAAGCUAGGCAACGAGUUUGGUGUGCGAGAAGAUUCCAUCUAUAAAGGACAACUUAAGGAAAAAAAAUUGGAGAAAAAAGCUACUGUAAAAGGUCAGACACUAGGUCUUAAGAUGAAGGACUUGGUGGAAGAGGCACUAAAAGCUAGCGGAAGCCCUAGGAAAGGUGUGCGAUUUCAUUGGAUCAAACAAUACUUGGCAGCAAAGUACCCUGCUCUUAUGAUAGCCCAACGUCCUGGUCACUUGAAAGUAGCUCUUGAACGGGCAGUGAACUACGGAAAAGUGGAAUUGGUGAGAGGAAUUGGCUUUUGUGGUUACUAUCGACUUCCUGGUCCAGCAGAAGUUGAAGAAGAAGAGCUAAAAGAUAAGGAAAAAAAAGGCAAAAGGAGACGAUGUGGAAAAAUGAAAAUGAAAAUGAAGAAAGGUGAUGGCAGCAGCGCGGAGCCAAAAGAAGAUAUGGUUGAUAACUUAACAAAAACAGAAGAAGAAAAUCCAAAAGAAAAAACAGCUGCACAGAAAAAACCCAAGCGUAAAGCAAAUAAGAGAGUCAAAAGACAAAACCGAAUCAAUCACAGUGAACCACAGCAUAUUGAAGAGAUAUUUCCUCUUGCAAUGACAUACAUGAGCGAACCAAAAGAGGCAUCAACUGCCAAGAUUAAAAAAUAUCUAGAAAAGUACUACGGGAAGACAGACAUAGAAAACAGAUUGAAGAAGACAUUACUUCAUGGACUUGAGCUGGGUAUGUGGGAUCGUGUUUCUGGAAUUGGAGCAUCAGGUACUUUUCAGCUUCAGGUGGACACCUUUAACCCUCAGCACACGGAAUCCCUUAUGGAUAUGGUGUCUUCAGCAAUCAUUGCAUGUAGUGAGCCAAAGAUUGCCUCCUUCCAGUUGCUGAAAUCAUAUAUCAAGGAAUACCAUUCAGAGUUUGGGAUUGACACGCGCCCAUCUUUACUCAAGAAUGCCAUUGCACGGGCACUUAAGAAAGAGAUGAUCAUUCGUGUGAGUGGAAUUGGAAUGUCAGGAAGCUUCCAACUCGCCCAGCCCUUCAUGCCUUCCCCAGCAAUUCUAGCAGGAGAAGAGGAUGAGGAGGAGGAUGAGGAGGAAGAUAAUGAUGAAAAUGAAGUUUAUGUUGUGCGAAAAACAAAAUCAGGACGUUCUGCUCCACUGAAGCCCAGCAACCAAGGACAGUCAUUAAAGGAAUCGUCACCCUCAAAGCAUAGCAGGGCAGGAGCUUCAGCAGCCAGAGGUGCUAGCAAAAAGACUGUCAGGAAGCAAGUGUAUAGUGAAAGUGAAGAGGACUCGGAGAGUGAUGAGUCAGGAAAUGAGUUCCAAGACGAUGAUGAAAAAUAUGUGCCACGCAAGACCAAAUCCAGGCAAAACCAUGAAGUGGCUACCCCAAAAAACCUGCUGCUGGCAGGGACAAAAGUGAAUUGUCUGUAAAGAAGAACAGAGUUACUACACCAGGUAGCACGCCCUCAAUAAAGGGCAGUGCUGAACAAGAUAAAGAUGUGAAGAGGACUCAAUCUGCUAAGCAGUCUGAGGGGAGAAAGAAAGGAAAAUCUGCUAUCAAAGGCCAGAAAAAGUUAGACACUAAGAGAAAUCUUAAUGAUACAAGAGAAGGAAAAGUCACUUUGACUUCCAUGCCAGGCAAAGCAGGCAGAGGUUCUAACAACAGUUCUCCUGCCAAGAGUCCUGUCAUUAGGAAGCAGGCCAACAGACAGGCUGUUGCUGAAGAUACAGAAGAUGAGGAAAACUACUAUGAGGUAGAAGAAGCCACACCUUUGAAAAAGGGGAAGGAAGCUAAACCAGGAAAGGAAACACCAAACAAAAACAAGAAAGGGAAACGGGGGAAAAAAUCUAGAGUAAGUUCUAAUGCAGAUAACACCUCAUCUCCUCGGGCAGGGUUUUCUCCUAGAUCCACGAACAACUUAGUCAAAGUAUCAUACUGAGAAAUGAAUGGGGAAUCUGCUAAUGACGAUCAUCUUGUGGUUUGUUCAGCAGCAUCUGGCAAAAUGCCAUGAAGCAAUGACCUGGGUCCAUUUUCUCAUCUGUUUGUUUCCAUAUUAUUGUCAACACAGGAACACAUUUUCAUUAUCCUGACAGUUUCAACAGACGCAGUAUUCACACACAAUCAAAGUGGCAAACAUCGCAUGUGUUCAUGUUAAGCCUUUCUCAUCACCCUCCAUUAUGUCUGAACCAGAGUGGUUCAGCCUUUGGCAGCAUUAGUUUGUGGGUCCCUAUUUUCAGGAGUUCAAGUGCUCUUUGUGCUUGUGCAAAAUUUUACUGGCACAAGAGCUUUGGCGUGGAAUCUUUCUUUAUGAAAUAUUUGGCUUAUACUUUGAAAAUUUGAAUUCCUGUAUUUUACAGGUUUAUAGAAAAUGCAUUUAGAGUGCAUGACUGGCUGGUUGAGGUUAUGUGUGCAUGCACUUGCAUAUUUGUAUAUACUUUUGUUGGAGUUGAACCAUGCAUUUAAUCCUAGCUCAUUUUAACAUGAAAAAUAAUGUAUUCAGAAGUAAUUGAUGUUAAAGUGUUAAGAAAUCACUGAUGUUACUUUUAAAAUGGUUCAAAUAUGAAAAAGUCGAAUACUUUAUCAGUCCAUUUUACAUAUUCUUUAAUGUAUUUACCAACAAUUUCAGUUGUAUUAGCAUUGUUGGGACAUAUUUAUUGCUAGUCUUUCCCCCAUGACCUCAACAUUUUUUUUUCUCUCUCUAAAACAAUAUGUAUUCUUACGCAUACAUUUGUCUACAUUUUUUCUCAUAUGCCUGUGCAUCUGAAUUUGAUAGUUUUACACAUUUAUGUCUGACAUUCCCACUCUCCCAUUUUUUUCAUUCACUCUCACUUCUGUUUUUUUUUUUUUCCUAUUCAUCAGUUUUAUAGAGAAAACAAAAUAGGCGUUUCAUGUUUUUUUGAUUUGUAAUCUGAAAAUAAUAUUUGUUUUAGAAAUUGCUAAUAAAGCUUUGAGGCUUU